UCGGGCGGGGUGAAAGGUCAAGGGGGGCGCGGGAAGGAGGGAAAUGGCCAAGCAUCAUCCAGAUCUGAUCUUCUGCCGCAAGCAGGCCGGCGUCGCCAUCGGGAGACUGUGCGAGAAAUGUGACGGGAAAUGCGUGAUCUGCGACUCUUACGUGCGUCCCUGCACGCUGGUGCGGAUCUGUGACGAGUGUAACUAUGGCUCCUACCAGGGACGUUGUGUCAUCUGCGGGGGCCCCGGCGUCUCCGAUGCCUACUACUGCAAGGAGUGCACCAUCCAGGAGAAGGAUCGAGACGGCUGCCCCAAGAUCGUCAACCUGGGCAGCUCCAAGACCGAUCUCUUCUAUGAGCGGAAAAAGUACGGGUUCAAGAAGAGGUGAUUGGUUGGAGAUUUCGUCCGCCCCCUUCCCGUCCCCAUCUCACUGCUGCAGCUGCCGGAGAAGAAACGCCCUCCCCCCCCACCAGCCAAGAGAAACCGAGCCCUGCCUAGCGCCACGUUUCUUAGCUAUGGGCAUUGGGCCUCUCUUCCUCCCCCUCCCAAAAUUUGGCGGGGGAGGAAAAGUGUCACUGACCUGAAAUUCGGGGAAAACGUGUCACCCAGGAAAACCACUUGAAAUGUAUGUCCCAUCUCAGGUGAGGAGCUAGAGUCCGUCCGUCCGCCGCGUUGGAGGUGGUCCCUGCUCGACGGGCAGGACGGUUUAGCCCCUCCCAGGCUAGUAGCCGGGGGGUGGGUGUUAGGGUCUUCACCUUGUCUCCCCCACCGCCUCCGUAGAGAGCCGGGCGCGUACGUUUCCCCCACCCCCGAGAAUCUCCUUGAUGCAGCGUUUUGAAUGGGGCGGGGAGAGAUGUGUCAGAACAGUAAUAGUGGGUAUAUUAAAUGUCAUAACAGCCAGGAGGUGUGGGGUGAUGAUCAUUCUUGUUUUUAUUCCUCUGAUGAAGAAAGACUUAAGAUCCUUUGUGUAGCUGCAGUGUGUGAGUUUAAUAAAGGUUUUUCUUGGUGGUUCUUUUCUACUA